GCCGGGUACAUUCACGCUCCCCAUCCGCUAUCGCAGUGCCUGCUGCUCCCUUCCAGGUCUGUCAGCCUUUUACUUAAGCGUGUGAGCUUCAGCUUAGAGCCAACCAUGCCUGGGAUUCUGCUGGGAGAAGCGUUUCCAAACUUUGAGGCGGACACGACCUCCGGAAGGAUCAAAUUUCACGAUUUUCUGGGCGACUCGUGGGGUAUCUUGUUUUCCCAUCCGGCGGAUUACACUCCCGUCUGCACCACCGAACUCGCACGCGCCGCCAAGCUUGCCGAUGAGUUCAAGAAGCGCGGCGUGAAGAUGAUCGCCCUGUCCAUCGACAGCGUUGAGGAUCACAAAAACUGGAGCAAGGAUGUGAUGGCGUAUGCCAACGAGGCCGGCAGCCCUCUGCCUUUCCCCAUCAUCGCCGAUGAAAAGCGAGAACUGUCGGUCCAGCUGGGCAUGCUGGACCCCGACGAGAGGAACAAGGCUGGACUACCCCUGACUGCUCGCUGUGUGUUUGUGAUCGGCCCGGACAAGAAGCUGAAGCUGUCCAUCCUCUACCCUGCCACCACCGGGAGGAACUUUGACGAGAUCCUCAGAGUCAUCGACUCUCUGCAGCUGACGGCGCAGAAGAAGGUGGCCACACCCGUCGACUGGAAGCCUGGUGAGAAGGUCAUGGUCGUUCCUUCACUUCCCGAUUCUGAAGCCACUGCUCUCUUCCCCAACGGAGUAACAACCAAAGAGAUGCCUUCUGGGAAAAAGUACCUGCGCUACACUCAGAUCUGAAGACAAAGAAAUACAAACCAAAUAAAGAAAUAUACAUCGCUGUUUUACGCUUUCUGCAUGUAGACACGUAGAGGUUCUAUGACCGACCACUAGAUGUCCUCCUCCAACCUUCAAACAUAAAGCUUUUAUUCUGUCGCUGCAGAGCUGUACUCUGCCAGUAGAUGGCACUAAGCGCACACAUUGCCUCCAACAUGGAAUAGAAACAUCCUAUUGUUGGAGUGAAAGAAGCGACCUGUUAUAAACGACUAAGAACAAGAUGUAUCAUGGACUGAGAUUACUAUUUACACUCGAAGCCACAUCUAAGAAUGACAAAAACAGGUUAAUUUCAGAGCUGAUAUCUACUUUCAUUCAUUGCACAUAUAGGAUGCAAUCAACUUUCUCUCAUCAUGUUCUGUUUUUGUCAAAUAAACCAAAUAAACACUCUUUGGAACAAAUGCCUCUGUA